UCCUCCCUUCACUAGCUGGAGCAGGGGAGGCUGUCCAAGGAGGGGGCCCAGACACGCCAUAUAAAUACAAGACCUUAAAUAGCAACCGCACACUACACAGGACGCAGCAGACAUGGAGGCCGUGGGGAGCCCCGGACACUACAUCCUCCUCCUCCUGCUGGUGGUCCUCAGCUCUGUCGGGGGUCAACAAUCGAUAAAGCAGAAUGAGGAUCACUUAUGUGCCACCUCUGACCAGUAUCCUGUGGACUGUGAAGACGUGUGUGAGAACGGGGCGGCAGAGAGCGGACCGUACGUGAUCUACCCGGCUGGACCAGGCGUCGCGGUGCCCGUGUACUGUGACAUGACCACUGACGGUGGCAAGUGGACGGUCAUCCAGAAGAGGUUCAACGGCUCCCUGAUCUUCUUGCGGGGCUGGAGCGACUAUAAAUUAGGCUUCGGCAGAGCGGACGGAGAGUACUGGCUGGGUCUGCACUACAUUUAUCUCCUCACUCUCCGGAAUAAGUACGAGCUGAGGGUCGACCUCGGAGACUUUGACAACAACAUGACCUUCGCCAAGUACUCCGACUUCGCCGUCUCCCCGUACAGCAUCAACCCGGAGGAAGACGGCUACACGCUGCACGUGGACGGCUUCAGUGAUGGAGGAGCAGGUGAUUCUCUGUCCUACCACAAUGGCAUGAAGUUCUCCACAUACGACAGCGACCGUGAUGUCUUUCUCCAGAACUGCGCCUCGCUCUCCUCUGGUGGCUUCUGGUACAGGGCAUGUCACCUGGCCAACUUGAAUGGCCCCUACCUCCGUGGUGCUCACCUCUCCUAUGGUAGUGGCAUCAUCUGGUCUCAGUGGAGAGGUCUUUACUACUCUCUGAAGUCCACUGAAAUGAAGAUCAGACGACAGUGACUUCCCAAAUGGUGAAGACCCGUCACAUCGAUGAUUAGCCUAGUCAUUAACCUCUAGCCUGAAGCUCCCAUGACUUGACCCUUCAUAAUAGCGGGCUCUGGAUGUAGUAGACCCUCUGCUGACCCCUCUGCAUGUCCCCGGCUCCUUAGUCCUUGGUUACACAUUACAUUCAGAAUCUUGUAUCCCCCCAAGCUUGUAGUAAAUGUUCCUCCAUAUCAUUAAACGUCCAUACAAUACAA